UCCAUGAAGGCUUAAACUCAACAAGAACCUCGAUUCAUGUCAAAUUGACAUUUCGUACAUUACAAUGACAAACACUCUCGAGCCACCUGCAGCCGCCUCGCAAACGUACACAGCACUAUUCAAUACAGCACUCAAUUUCAUCGAUGCUCAGACGCAAGAUCCCAACCUCCCGUCGCGGAUGGACUUUGAUCGAAUACGCGCCCUUUGCUCGCCUGGUUUCGAACAUUCGUGGGGCCACAACUACGCCGUGUCCCUCGCGCCGCCACUACAAGGUUCCCAUUCCGUCGAUGGCUUCAUCUCGCACUUGCAGAAGAUGCUUCCGAAUCUCGACAGCUGGAACACAGAUGUCAUGGAUGCGAUUGUCGACGAGGCGCGGCUGAGGGUGAUUCUGAGGAUGAGCCUUUGGAUGCAGGUGAAAGGCGUGGGCGAAGGGGACGCAGUGGAAAAUGAUAUUUUAUGGGUGCUGGAUAUGGAUGGCGAUCUAGAAAAAUUGAGAGUGAAGAAGAGUAUGGAGUUCAUAGAUGGGCUUGCGGCAGGGAGAAUAAAGGAGUUGAUGAUGAGAAAAAUGUAGGUUGGAGAGGUUCGCGGGGUCUAUGGCUGCUGAUUUGCGAGUAUAAAGGUUGUGAAGGUCUUCGAGCUGCUUAUCAAACUAGCUACGAAAAAAAUGAGUAACUCUAGCUUUAUAUAUUAGCGAGCCUCAGAUUGAGGUUUCUUAAGCAUUAUCGACUAGAUGCGAAACGAUGAUACGUACUGUUCAAGAAAAAAUAGCAUGUAACCCACGAUAGAAUUUGCCAAAAAGCUUUUUACGAAUAAUCCAGCGGUUGAAUGACAAACACAAGAUACAUUGAAGACGUCCAGGC